AUGCAGCGACCGAGCCUCGCUGCGAGACGCUUCUACGCAGAUUUCUAUCGAUGGGUAACAUCCACAUCGAGGCCAACCGAGCACACGUUACAUCCACGACUUAGCUGCAAGAAAGCCUUUCAUACCACGACUUGGCAUCACGCCAGGAAGGAACCCUUACGACUGCGAAUAAAACGUUACGAGUCGUCACGGGACCCUCGAGACACCUGGAAAGCAGACAGCACGACUGCAGAGCCAAAGCACGACGAUGUUUUCAAGGCCCUCGCGGACGCUGUACCGCAAAGCCCGCUCGCGAAGCCGUUCAGCGCAUUAAAGGAGCAAGAGUUCGUCCUUAGGUACAGGUCAGCUGGGAGCCUGAUGGUGGAAGCUGCUAUCCCCGAGGAAGAUCUACAUCAAGUGCAAAGCUUCAGACGUACACAGGGCGCGAGGAUCGAGGCUCAAUACGAUGUCGUGAGCACUGUCGACGGCCAGAAAUUGGUCUCGGUUCUGCUAUCCGGCACUCGCGAAGAGGUGCGGAGUGCUUGGUCUGUACUUUGUUCCCGUCGCAACAGCGUGCCCAUCCCGGACGAUGUGACCACCUUCCUCGUACGCCCAUCCGAGACUCUUCUCCCUCUUGAGUCGGUCCUGCGAAUAAAGGCUGCGAACGGCAAUAGAAAACUCGAAUUGAGCGUGCUGGAGUACCAGUGGAUGAGAUUUGUUGCUGCCCAUGACUUGGAACGCAUUGCCAGAGACACCAAGGCGCAGAUCGAAGUGACGCAACCUUCCAUGCGGCCGCUUGAUCCAGCGUCCGCACUCACAAGGCUUGCUCGCUCCUUCCUAAUCAGCGGACAAGCGGCAAGUGUUUCCAAAGCGUACGGCCAGAUCUACGCUACCAUUAAGUUUGCAAUUCCUGCGAACGACAACAAAAAGACGAAGUCUGAGCCGGAAGCGGAAGUUGAAAAGGCGCCUUCUGUGGAAGAGCCAGUCGUAACUCGCUGGUUCGAGUUUUCCGGUCUGUCCCGUCACGAACGCCAUCGGAAUUUUCUGCAUGAACUCGAAUCCAACCUCGAGGAACUGAGACGGAAGGCCGGCUGUCAAAGCUUACAGGUGACUGGGGGACAGGGGUCGUUGAAAGCCCAAGGGACCCCUUCUCAGCUCAAUAUCUUGCAAAAGACACUGGUAGAUCGCGUUGCCCGUAUAUGUGAAAAGGUCGGCGCCACGGUGCCUGGAACCAGAAUGCUGAAGAACAGACCAGCGCAUCGAGCCCCGAAGCCAGCCGAUCAAGACAAUGACGAGCGCCUCGUUGAAGGCACGCGCACUGCUCUUCGUGCUCUGACACACCCUGUAGUGGUGGUGACCUCCCGGAUGCCUGGCCGAGGUGAUAAAUUCGAAAGGAUGCGUACCGCGCGCGCCGUGACAGUGUCUUCAUUCAACACUGUCACCUUGCACCCCAGACCAAUCAUCUCCUUCAACCUCAAGAAACCCAGUAGCACCUGGGAUGCUAUUUGCGAAUCGAAGUGGCUGCGGGUGCACCUCAUCGCAGGCACACCCCGCGGUGCUGCGAUUGCUUCUGUCUUCACACAACCGUACAAGCAAGCUCACGAUGGAACCAGGCGGCUAUUCCAUAUGAAAGUCCUGACCAAGGUACGAGAAGGAGCCUCCCCACCAAAUAUGUAUAGUCCCUAUGGUGACGUCUUGGCUACGCUGAACGCGAAUUUGCGAGAACACCACUGCGUCGACGUUGGCGAUCAUGUAAUCGUGGUCGCAGAGGUUGAGCAUCUGGAGACUGUUCUCAAGCCGGACGGAACACCAUGGAUGACUGACAUCUCCGCCUUGUCUUACUCCAAUGGAAGCUAUAGCAGCGGCAGCGCUGUCAUUGAGCCCCAAAAGUUGCCUGAGAUGGGACCGGAAGAGGAUCUGGCAAAAGAGUUUUUUGAUACUCGGGCUUCAAUUAAAGCUGAUUCAGAUCAAGCCUCCCCUGAUCCGCUUGCGCUUGGUCGGGCUCCAGACAGCCCUGUUGACGUCUACCGGCCUGUGGCGAAAUCAGCAGAUACCGAAGUAGCUCCAGCUCCCGAGCGGGCCAAAGAUCGCCCUGAAGAAAUGGUCAAUGAUCCCAUCUACAGUGCGUUGCUGGCUGCAAAAGACUCAGACGUAAAGUUCUCGCCAUCUCAGCAGGACAGCAAGAAGUCGCCUUCAAGCCGCUCAGCUGUCUCGCCAUCUCGGCACGACAGCAAUAAGUCACCUUCAAGUCGCUCAGCUGUCUCGCCGUCUCGGCAGGACAGCAAGAAGUCGCCUUCAAGCCGCUCAGCCGUCUCGCCGUCUCGGCAGGACAGCAAGAAGUCGCCUUCAAGCCGCUCAGCUGUCUCGCCAUCUCGGCACGACAGCAAUAAGUCACCUUCAAGUCGCUCAGCCGACAACAGCGGAGCGCUCUGGGGUCCUAAAGACGUGACUCGGGAGGAGUCUGAACGACUUGCAGAGAAUGCUGCGCCUCGUGCCUCUCCCAGCCGGGCGCCACGGAUAGAGCGUGGCCGCCAGGGUUCAAAGAAUGGCGGCCCCGAGCGACCAUACUCGACCUUUGCUCGAUCAAGAGCCUGCGUCUACCCCUCGCGACGCACUUUCUCCUCGAUGCAAGCAGUACGAUCAGCCCCCGAACAUACCUCUGUACAUGUCGACCCUGCUGCCCGCAACAUGACCGUCGCGGACUUUUUUGGCGUUCCGGACGAGGGCCCCGCUCACCGCCCACAAGUUGACGGUCUGAUCCGCGCAGACAAAACCGCGCACCUUGCAGAACGCCGACUUGCGAAGAAUCCAGAUCUUCCUGAGGAAGAAAAGCUGCGACUUCAGCAUCACAUCCAGGUCACUAAUCGCAAAAUGUCGAAAAAGCUCGCGUGGAACGCUGCUAUCGAUCUUCGCGUUAUGCUCGACAAGGGCAAAGUCAAUCUUCAACGAGCGCAGUUCCUAGAGAGCGCGAUUGAGAAGGGACAGAUGACGCUGCUGGAGGAUGCGAGGCGGGUUAGGGAACUCCUUAAUCAGGGCAAAAUUGAUCUUGAAAAGUUCAAUGCUAUCAAGAAGAGCCUCGAGGAGACGAGUGAGGUGUUGACGACAGAGGCGAUGAGGUUGAGGCAGGUCGUUGAUGAGGAGGGAGAUUACUUUGAGAAUGCUGCGAAUGACGAAGAGGCGGGCUUCGAUGGCUUCAAGGGGAAUCGCUGA